AUGGCAACCACUUCCUACACCUACUCCGGACCGAGUUCCGCUACAGUCCUUGGUCCCCUCACGACCACUUGGACACCGCCAGCUGCCUGUAACGUUGCCAUCGUCGAGUGUCGGUCCUCGUGCGCAAAGGGCUUUCAGGGGCAGCAAUGCGUAUCUGGCCUUCCUGGCGCGGGAUGUAGCGACGCGACUACCUGUUGGCCGACUGUCACAGUCAAAUCUGUCUCCUUCCCACUAGGUGGAUUCGGGUUCUAUUCGCCUGGUACGAUAUGUCCGUCAGGCUACUCGUCCGCUUGUAGCGCAACGUCAGGCGGUACGUCACAAUGGUCCCAGCAGUUCACAAUGAGAGCGAAUGAGACCGCUGUAGGCUGCUGUCCGAGCGGCUUUGGAUGCGCGUGGGUCAAAGGAUACCAAAGCUGUUACAGCUACGCAAGCUCGGGCGCCAGUGUGGCUCUUGGAACUUGCGAUCGCGGGACCACGCAGCAGUUUUCCUACAUGACGCUUCCCAAUGGCGGGACAACGGUUGUGCAAGAGUCGACAACAAAUGUGGUCAAUGGCAUGGAGACAUUCACUGUGCAAGCACCCCUGGUGGAGAUCCGGUGGAGGCAUCGAGAUCUACCUGCGACUGCGACCAGCUCAGAGGCGCCCUCGAACACCGCGUCCAUCGCACCCACCUCUACCCCCGACUCCUCGUCUGGUCUUUCGACCGGCGCAACAGUCGCCAUCGCCGUCGUCAUUCCCGUGGUCGUGAUCGCUGCAUUUGCGGCGGCUUUUUUCGUCCGGAGGAACCGAAAGAAGAAGAAGAGCCCUGUGCAGACCCAAAACCUGCUAGAGUUGGAUAACGAUCGUUCAGACGACAAGAAUAUAUCAUAUUCAGAUCAGAUGCCAGCGGGUCAUGCGAUUCAAGAGAUGGGUGCAGACAAUAGGCGGCAUGAGAUAGGGGCAGAGGAGCGCAGAUACGAGCUGGCAGAUAACAUCCCUGUCGCUCGUGAAGCAAAGCCCUGA